AUGGGUAGAGUUCGCACGAAGACCGUCAAGAAGUCCGCCAAGGUCAUCAUUGAGCGGUACUACCCCAAGCUCACUCUCGACUUCGAGACCAACAAGCGUGUCUGCGAUGAGAUCGCCAUCAUCGCCUCCAAGCGCCUCCGCAACAAGAUUGCCGGCUACACCACCCACUUGAUGAAGCGCAUCCAGCGUGGUCCCGUCCGUGGUAUCUCCUUCAAGCUCCAGGAGGAGGAGAGAGAGCGCAAGGAUCAAUACGUCCCCGAGGUCUCUGCUCUCGACUUCACCCAGAACUCUGAGAGCGGUCAGCUCGACAUCGACGUCGAGACCAAGGACCUCCUCAAGCACCUUGGCUUCGACAACGUCCCCGUCAACGUCAUCCCCGUUACCCAGGCCCAGACCAUUGAGCGCCCCCGCCGCUUCAACGACCGCCCCGCGCGCAACUAG